AUGCUGGCGUCAUCUGCGCUGUUUGUACUCCAAAAAAGCUGCAAAUUGAAACAAAGACACCUUUUGGCCGGGGGGCGGCCUUUGGUGAGGGCGACGCCCCAAGCGAACGCAGCCCGGCCACAGAGAUUAAUUCCAGAAACACCCCCGGCAAAACGCACAGACAUUAUCAGCUUUUUGAAUUUAUUUAAAAUUUCUAGAGGUCCGCAGGCCCUUUGGUUAAUGGUUCGUGCUGCCGGUGCGCGUGCGAGUGUGGCUGCUUGGGGUGUCGUGGCGGCGCUUGUCCACUUUGCCUUUUUACUAUUAUUGUUAUUAUCAUUAUUCGCCUCUUUUCUGAUUUUUUCCUAA